AUGGCUUCGUUCGACCCGCUUCUCCAGCUGCGUGAAGCCAUCGCUAAAGGCCCGGCGCCGUUUCUCACUAAGUCAAGCGACGGCACGGCGACGGGUGACAUCGUGGCCUCUCUGUCAGAAGCAACCCAUCUCCAGUUCAAUCACGACAACCAGCAGCGCCUGAUACCUCUCACCACACCAACCCGCUUCGUCGUAUCCGGAAACCCAGUCGACCUGCGGAACAUCUAUCUGGCUUGGAUCAAGAAGGAUGCCGCAAUUCCAGAAUAUGUGGGAGAGGCGCGGAAGCUGAAUGAGGAAUUGGCAAAGAGCGGAGCGGUAGCAGCAGUACAGAACUUGCAAUUUGUACAAAAGCUUGAUUUGGUUGCGUGGCUUCAAGGUGCAUCCGAUGAGAGUGAAUAUAUAAAACCUCUUGCUGCUGAUGGGGAGGCGGCUCAGGCAUCGGCCGACGUAGCAUCUGGUGCGGCUGGUGGUGUUGCGACCGUUCCCUCAGCGGGUCAGGCUGCAAAGGGCCCAAAGCAGGUGGACUCACGGUUACUGGAGAUCUAUAGUGCGGAGAGGAAGAUGGGAGACAGAAAUAGCUGUCUCAGAGGAAUUAAGCCGACGGACUUCUCGCAUGUGCGCAAAUCAGCUGCAGUAUUCCUGCACCACUCGAAGCAAAAGCCAGGUCAAGCGCCUCCAAAUGCCGGCAUGGCGCCAUCGCUCCCUCUAAAUCCCAAGAAGCCCCAUCGCAGAAUAGAACCGAUCAUCCUCAUCUCGCCCUCCGCCAGCUCCCUCCUCCGCAUGUCGAAUGUCCGUUCCUUUCUCGGCGAAGGUCUAUAUAUACCUCCUGACACCGCCAAUGCGUCAGUAAAUAUCCUCCACAUUGAGCGCACACUCCCAAGCAUCGACCCCGCGCGACCGAUGCGUUUCAUUCUCGUAGACAGCUCAGACCAAUUCAAGCCGGACUACUGGUCGCGGGUCGUUGCAGUCUUCACAACGGGUCAGGCAUGGCAGUUCAAGAGCUACAAGUGGACACAGCCAAUGGAGCUGUUCGGUCACGCUCUAGGUAUAUAUGUGGGUUGGAGAGGAGACAGUACUCCUGAUACAGUCAAGGGCUGGGGUAGGAGCGUCGCUACCAUUCAACUGGAUAAGUGGAACAAUACACAGGGAACGCACGGCAGAUGGAGGGAUAGAGAGGUCAUGGAGAGCGUGUGGAGCGCGAUUGAGGAGAGCAUGAGGGGCAAGGGGUGGGCCAAGGAGGGACCGCGGUGA